UCCCGGUGCGGACGCGCGGAGGCGUGACUGGGAGCGGGAGCCGAGUCUCCGGGUCCACGUCGAGUUUCCCGUGCCCGCGAACCCGAGAGGCGCCAUGGGCCGGAUCACAGAAGAUCUUAUUAGACGGAAUGCUGAACACAAUGACUGUGUGAUUUUCUCCCUGGAGGAACUCUCCUUGCAUCAGCAAGAAAUAGAGAGACUAGAACAUAUCGACAAAUGGUGCCGGGAUUUAAAAAUCCUGUACCUUCAAAAUAAUCUCAUAGGAAAAAUUGAAAAUGUUAGUAAACUCAAGAAACUUGAAUAUUUGAAUUUAGCUUUAAACAACAUUGAAAAAGUUGAAAAUUUGGAAGGAUGUGAAGGGCUGACAAAACUUGAUUUGACCAUAAAUUUCAUUGGAGAGCUGAGCAGCAUUAAAACCCUUCGACACAACAUCCACCUGAAGGAGCUCUUUCUCAUGGGCAACCCAUGUGCCGACUUUGAUGGCUACAGGCAGUUUGUGGUGGCAACUCUGCAACAAUUAAAGUGGUUGGACGGUAAAGAAAUAGAGCGUUCAGAAAGGAUUCAGGCAUUGCAGAACUUUCCAGUAAUCGAGCAACAAAUCAGAGAGCAGGAGAAAGCUUACUGCCUGAAACGAGCCAAAGACAAGGAAGAGGCUCAGAGGAAACUGCAAGAGGAUGCAGAUGAAGGCAAGAAGGAGAGAAGUCAGCCAGGCUUCGAUGGACGCUGGUACACAGACAUCGGUGCUCCUCUCCCAUCUUCUGUUGAGAGCAAAGACCUCCAGGCACCAGAAAUACAGGAAGGGGAAUGCAACAGAAAGAAAGUAGAGGACGAGGAGGAUGACCUGGAAUUCUGGAAUAAGCCCUCUCUGUUUACCCCUGAAUCCAGAUUGGAAACUCUUAGACAUAUGGAAAAACAACGGAAAGCCCAAGAAAAAUUAAGUGACAAAAAGAAGAAAGUGAAACCAGCCAGGACCUUGAUAACUGAAGACUGGAAAGCCCUGAAUGUAAAUGAGCCCAAACUUGACUUCUCUUUGAAAGAUGAUGAAAAGCGUAAGCAGAUCGUCCUGGACCUAGGCGUGUACAGGUAUCUGGAUACGUCUUUGAUCGACGUUGAUGUGCAGCCAACGUACGUGCGAGUGCUCGUCAAGGGGAAGCCAUUUCAGCUUGUCCUUCCUGCAGAAGUCAAACCUGAUAGCAGCUCUGCUAAAAGAUCCCAGACCACAGGGCAUUUGGUGAUUUGCAUGCCCAAGGUAGACGAAGUAAUCACAGGUUGCCCACCAGCAUCCAAGCCUGUGGCAAGUACCUUGGACAGCAGCAGAGAGCGAAAGACCGAAAGAAGCAGGCACACUGAGAAACUGGAAGUAGACCCUAGCAAGCGUUCCUUCCCUGAUGUGGCCAACAUAGUUCAAGAGAAAAAACACAUGCCCAGAAGAGUUCGAUCUGAACCCAAAAUUACACCAAGUGAGGAAGAUCCCGACUUUGAAGAUAACCCUGAAGUGCCUCCAUUGAUUUGAAACUUCAGGCUGCAUGGACCGUGACCCGCCAGGCCCGUUUGGCUCAGCGCGGAGAAUGUGUGCAUCUCACAUACGGGGGCUACAGAGUUCUUUAUCAAUAUUACGACUCCAGGGUUUUAGCUCCUACUUUCUACAGCAAUACUCUUUAACUAGUUUAAAAUUAAAAUGUGUAUCUUAAAAAUGCUAUAACCAUCAUUUGUCUAUAAUAAAGUGUUGGCUAGUGAAAAUGUUCAGUAAAUCCUAGAAGUGUUACACAAAGAUGUGGAUUAUAAAUCACAGAACUGCCUGCUUAUGCAGACAGAUGAAAUCACAGAUGAA